AUGACAAAGGGAACAGGAAGUUUCGGUAAGAGGAGGAACAAGAGUCACACUCUCUGUGUGAGAUGUGGUCGUCGUAGCUUCCACCUCCAGAAGAGUCGUUGCUCUGCUUGUGCUUACCCUGCUGCUCGCAAGAGAAGCUACAAUUGGAGUGAGAAAGCCAUCAGGAGGAAGACUACUGGUACCGGUAGGAUGAGGUAUCUCCGUAAUGUUCCUCGCCGGUUUAAGACUGGAUUCAGAGAAGGUACUGAAGCGAAGCCAAGGAACAAGGCAGCAGCUUCAUCAGCCUAA